AUGCCACCAACAACAGAACCACCAACAUCUUUCCCUCCAACAACAGAACUGCCAACAACUGUGCCACCAACCACUGCUGUGACACUAAUCAGCACAGUGCCACCAAACACAGAAUCGCAAACCGCCGACAACUGUGUCACCAACAACAGAACAGCGACAAAUGUAACAACAGAACAGCCGACAACUGUGCCACCAACCACCCACAGUGCUCCAACUAACACAGAACGCCGACAACUGUGCCACCAACCACCACAGUGCCCCAACACAACGCCACAACUCACAGUGCCUCACAACAACAGAACAGCCGACAACUGUGCCACCAACCACCACAGUGCCCCAACAACAGAAACAGCCGACAACUGGCCACCAACCACCAAAGUGCCACCCAACAGAAAAGCCCACAACGACCAGCCACAACUUGCCACCAACAACCAGCCGACAACUGUGCCCCCCAAACGACAACGACACCGCCGACCAACACUGCCACCCACAACGAAAGCCCAUUGCCACCACACAGAACCGGGCCCACCAACUGUGCCACCAACCACCACAAAUCGCCGACAACUCUGUGCCACCAACCACCACAGGGCACAACCACCACUGAACAACAACAGAACCGCCGACAAACUGUGCCACCAACUACACAGCCUCAACAUCAGACCCGCCACAACAGAACCGCCGACAACUGUGCCACCAACUAACACAGAGCCUUCAACAACAGAAUCACGUCAAAAUAUGCACCAACCAGCACAUACAGGGCCACCAACACACAUCACCAUCAAUUGUGAAUCAACACACGUGCACCAAAAACAGAAUCCGAUGUGCAAAACCAGCACAGUGCCACCAACAGAAUCGCCAUCAACUCCAGGAAACAAACAUCUGUUCAACCAGAACUACACAAAAUACUUUAAUCAGAACUGCACAAAGAAAAGACAUUACUUCAAGAAUUGGAAAGACUCGAGAACCAGAUUGCUGCCUCCAACCACUCUCACAGCUCUUCAAAAGACCAAUCAAGCCCUGCAACGAGUCAUUGAAGCAUCGAGCAAGCCUGAUCUGCUUCUUACAAUGAUCGAUGAUCUCUCCACCAAGCUGGCCAACCUCACAACCGACCAAAUCACUUGCUUCAAUCAACUCUUUGAGAAUUUCGCUACACUCAUAGAGAAUGGAACCUUUGUCAUCGAUUCCAGUGUAUUAGAUAACAUCACGUCCGCGGUAGAAGCAGCAAGCAGCGUCGUGGGAGACCAAGUCCAGUCGGUUCAGUUGCUCGUCAAUAUUUUGCAAGAGCAAAAACAAAAUAAAACGGAUGAGCUUGACCAAGUGGAGAGCCAACUAGCAGCAACAACAGUUCACCAACGACCUCUGAGAACCAACACCACAGUUAACCAACAAACCACGUUCACAAGACCUCCUGAGCACCAACGACCACUGAAACCAACAACCACAUGUACCAACACCCGAGCAAACAACCACUGA